UUUUACGAUUCUCUUCUUCAAUUUACUUCUAUUCUCUUUGAUUUCAUCGAAUUUCAUGAGUUUUUCAUCUAUGGCUCCAACUUGUUCGAUGCUUGAUUUGUUGGUUUGCCGUCGCUCUUCGCCAAAUCUUCACCAACCAGACCAAACAAGAGGAGCGUGAUGGAAGUUGAUGCUGAUUCUUCUUCGACUAAGAUGAAACCUGAGACCGACAGCGACGGCGGAGAUUGCGAGAGAGAGACGAGAGAGGAGAUCAAAGGAUUCUCGUUUCCAUUGACGACGAUGGUGGAGGAAGAAAGCAAUCAUCAAAGACGAAGCUUCUCAGAUUUUCCAAGUUCGAAUGGGCUUUUUUAAAUGGGCCUUCUUUGCUACCAAAUCCAACUAGAGAAUGGAUGCGUUGAACAUGAAAUCGAGGGUUCUGAUCAAGUCGUGGUAGCCAUUAAGAGACAUUAAAUCGAUCUUUCUUCCAAUUGGAAC